UCAUUCGGUCGCGACGCGUUCGCUGUUGUUCUUUUCUUUUUGGCCUUUAGUUAUUUGUUGAGGCGAAAAGAUUUGGGCGCUUGUUUUUCGUUUCUGUGGGAUUUCUGUUAAAUUUUAAUAUCGUUAAAAAGCACUGUUUUGUUGACUUUUGUUGAAAAAAAAUUGUUUAAAAAAAAUCGUGUUUGUUUUUAGCCAAUUUUCGUUGAGUUUUGUGAAAAAAGAUUGUGUAGAAAAAAGAUAUUCGACGAAAUCCCACCAAACGAAUAAUAGAAUACAGCUGAAGCUCAAAUUUUAAACAAAAUUCUAUCCCUGCCCAAUGCAAUCGAUUAUCCCUUGGACUUGGCUCUGAUUGUGCGAGUUUUCAAUUGAAUAGUGUGAUUUGAAAUUGUUGCCCAUAUCCAUUAAACCAUGGAACACUCCAAUGGCCGCCGCAAGCCUAGCCUGGACCAGCCAGAACCACCUCACCCACAGUCCUCGGCAGAGGAGUGGAGUGGCAAGAGGAAGCUCUACGCCAUCGAGGAGCGGGAGGAGAGCUCGCCGGUGACUGUGGGCGAGGGGGAGGCCGAGACGGCUUACGACGCGGACGUGGACGAGCUGGAACAGCCGGGCGGUGAGCGGGAGAUUAUCUACGCGCUGUUCCAGCCCUGGGCUCUCUCCACCUACGGCGAUCAGGCCAAGACCAAGACGAUAACGCUGCGCAAGAAGGCACGCAUCCUGAAGGCUCUGGAGGGCAAGGAGCACAGUCGCCCGGACAGCUCCAAGUUUCGAUUCUGGGUCAAGACAAAGGGUUUUACUACCAACCGUCCCGAUGGCUUCGAGGAGGCACCUGGAAGUCGCCGGAGUCUGAAGCCUCUUCCCACAUCUGCCAUUUUGUCAGAUAAUCCGAGAGAUGUGGACCUAUUUGCUGCUUCCACCAGCAAAGGGUUCGGUCGUCGGACUUACCGCAAAGUGGCAUGUGUGGAGGAGUUCUUCGAUAUCAUCUACAAUGUGCACAUGGAACUGGGCGGACGCAGUGGGAUGCAUGCGGGCCAGAAGCGCACCUACCGCAUUAUAACGGAAACCUAUGCGUUUCUACCCCGCGAGGCAGUAACCCGCUUCCUAACCAUUUGCCCCGAGUGCAAGAAAAACUUGCGCCCCUCCUCGCCCCUGGGGGGUGGAAAGGAGACCGACCUGGGCGGCAAUGAAAGCUCCUCGGAAGUGGAGAACUACCUGAAUUAUUCAUCACACACGGAGAGCUCGCUGGAGGCGGGGCCCACGGCCAAGCGUCGCCGUCAUUCGAGCGCUGACCUCAAGGCCUCGAUGCCGGUGACCGGCGGCUUGGCUCUGGGCGGAAGCGGAGGAGGGAGCGGGGGUGGGAGUGGCAGUGGGACCAUGGUGGCAAGUGGCGUAAGCGAUGUUCUGGGGGCACCACCGCCGAGCCCCAGUCCCAAGCCACUCGGGGCACCGGGGGCAGUUGAAACCACACCGGUUAGCGUGCCCAAAAUUCGGGUCAAGACCCAGCUGCAGCGUCCGUUGAGUCCGCCGGGUGUGGCCAAAGAGUCGGCCCAGGUUCAGUCCCAAACGAGUGUUAGUGGCAACACCAAGGCCAAUCCUCCAUCGCAUUCGAAUUCGAGUCCCCAAAGCUUUGAUGUGCAGCUGUUGAAAUCGCGGGAUAAUCUGCUUCGCUACUAUGACUUCAUGAGACGUUUCUAUGCUGGCGAACAGGUUUUAGCACCGCCCAUCUACGGCAGCAGUCUGCUUCAGAGCCUCAGCUAUCCAACCAGCAUCUCAACCCCAUCAACAACAACCCCUACAGUCCCGACAACCCCUACCACUACGUCUACCAUCACCACCACUUCAGAUUCAGUACUGGCACCACCUCCCAAGGCAUCUUCUCCCGGUCCGAAUCCUGGUCCUUCCGCGUUCAAAACUUCUCCGGACAGCUUGCUGCGUGCUCGCUCUCCGACUGUCUCAUCUGCCACGCCCACCGCCCCUCCCAAAGAUAGAGCCCACACACCGAUCAAUCUAACCAAAUCUUUAUUUUCCAGUUCGAAGACGGGUAACCCGGCCUCCACGUCAACCCCUGUGGCCAGCGGCCCGGCACCGCUUAAGCUUGAGCUUCCCAGUCCGCCCAAGCCGCUGCCGGAGCUGCGAAUUCCUCAGCUGCGUGGAGUGCCGCCAGUGGAGUUGUCUUUGCCGCUGCCACCACUGGACUUGGAGCGAUUGAAGCCAAUUACUUCGACGUAUUUGCAGUUGACGCGCAGCAUGGGACUCAGUGACGAGGAUGCCCUGCGGUUCGAUAACCUGUUUCUUUUUUCUCUGACAUGCUUGGCUUAUAAACGUAACGCAACUAAUGCAAUGCUAACGAGCGAGAAAGACAAUGACAGAAAAAGACACAUGUCGGCAGGACAACAAGUACCACGUUGCUGACUGCUGCACCACCCACCUAAAAGCCCCAAAUCAGUACCAACCACAUACACUUUCGGCCCACCAAGCGCGCUUCCAUCGAGCUGCGCACAAAAUUAUUCAAUAGCUUUUUUACGUAUUUUAAUAAUUUUGCUUUGAAAUUCAAAUUGAAUUUCUCGUUCUGCUUCCUUUGUGUUGCUUUUUUUUAAUUUUUGAUCUCUUAAUGCUUGAAUUACU